CGACAUAGAUUCUUCAUCACAACAACGAUUUCGAUUUUAGCUAGGAUCACAAAAAGAACAAAAACCGUGACACAUUUUAAGUGUGUGUGUCGGAAAUUAAGAGAAAUGGUGAAGCCAAAUAAUGUGGAAAAACCUGCCAGGGAACAACAACGUGAUUCCUCGUACCGAGGAGUGCGGAAGAGGAAGUGGGGAAAAUUCGUGACGGAAAUCAGGUUGCCCAACAGCCGCCAGAGGAUAUGGUUGGGUUCCUAUGACACUGCUCAGAAGGCAGCGCGUGCAUUCGACGCAGCCAUGUUCUGCUUACGUGGCACUGACGGGUGCUUUAACUUCCCCGACGACCUACCGGACAUUGCCGGCGAGAGGUGCAUGACCCCCUCUCAUAUUAGAGUCGUCGCAACCCGUUUCGCCAAUUCGGAGCCCCAGAUGGAUAAUUCAGGUCGGGCCGUUAGAGCCCCUGUGGAAUCGGAGGAGAUCAGUUUGCUGCCGAUGGAGUCACUAUCUCCUCCUCUCUCUGAAGUGACAAUUGCAACUGAUAGUGACGCCACAUCCAGCGGUUCGUCGUUCCAUGAUUUGUUUUCCGUAGCUGAGUCGGUUAAUUACGACUCGGAUUACUAUGCUUUUCUGGGUUUUGAUGAUUUUAAUGGGGAUUUUUACAUGCCGGAGCUGCCAAGUUUUGACUACACAGAAGAGAACACUGAGGGGUUGAUAUUUCAGGAUUCGUUCUUGUGGAAUUUCUAGAAAAGGCGAGUCAGUAUUGCAGAUAGUUUUAUCAUAUUCGGACCAGUGGCGGACCCAACCUUAAAUGAGGGGUUCAGAUGAAACCCCUGAAAAAAUAUUGCACUUACCCCCCUAUAUAAUUUUUUUCUGAACCCCCUGAAAAUUUUAAAUUAUACUAAUAGACAAGUUUUGCACCUAUUUGCACCAAAGACCCACAAUCACUUACUUCUCUCACUAAAAAAAUUGCACUUACCCCCUAUAUAUUUUUAUUGAUGUGUUCAUUUGAAAAAUUUGAACCCUAACCUUGGAUCCUGGAUCCACGACCGAUCUGGGCCAAGUCGGGUUUGGCCAUGGGUCAAAAUUUAUAGGACCAAGUCCUCUGCUAAUUUGGUACUAAUCAAAAUAAAGAGUUAAAGUCAACCUUGCUGAUAAGAAUUAUACACACCAUUUAAUUGUUA